GACAUGCCACCGACCCGCGGUACACGAAAUAAAUACGCGGGAUGACUCAGAUUUGUAUUUUGAUGUGUUGUCUAGAGCCAGUCUUUCAGAAUAAAACAUAAAUCCAAAGGGCCAGUUGAAACAAAUUAUAUUCAGCAACAAGUGUAAGUUUAAACCGGAAAUUAUAGAAAAACAGGCAAAAUGUGGCUUUGGGAUUAUUUCACCGGUGCACUAAAAUACUUAGGUUUGAUGGGGAAAUCUGGCAAACUGGUUUUCCUUGGCUUAGAUAAUGCUGGAAAAACCACAUUAUUACACAUGUUAAAAGAUAAUAGAAUGGGUCAACAUGUUCCAACACUCCAUCCAACUACUGAAGAGUUAACCAUGGGUGGGAUGAAGUUCACAACAUUUGAUCUGGGUGGUCACAAGCAAGCAAGGAGAGUUUGGAAAACGUAUUUUCCAGCUGUCGAUGGAAUCGUGUUUAUAAUAGAUGUUGCAGAUACAUCUAGAUUUCCAGAAUCAAAGGUUGAAUUCGAUAGUUUACUAGCAGACGAACAGCUCGCUACAGCACCUAUACUGAUAUUAGGAAAUAAAAUAGACAGAGCGGAAGCUGUCAGCGAAGAUUAUAUUCGUCAAUAUUUCGGACUCUAUGGCUUGACAUCUGGAACAAAUGCAACUUCAAAAGAUAUAAACUCUAGACCAAUCGAACUAUUUAUGGUGUCUGUACUAAAAAGACAAGGAUAUGGAGAAGGUUUUCGUUGGCUGUCCAAUUUCAUCAAUUGACAAAAGCUAAAACAUCUUUUGCAAUCAUUUAGAGAUUUUAUACAGUUUUGUAUGUUAGGCAUGAACGAAUUGUUAUGUGGUUGAAAUUCGUAAAGAAGAAAUCUGGUGGUAUUAUCACAUAUUAGCAGGACUGGGGGAUGGUAUUGACAUGGUUAAAAUGCGCAGUUGAAUUCAAAGCUAAUAUAAAAUUAGUUUUUCUUAUGUUUUUACAAUAUUUUUAUAGCGUCAAUUUUCAGUGUGUUUGCCCUCCUUUCAGUAUGACAUAUGAUAUUCAUUUUAAGGAGUGUCAGUUAAUCGUCAUUUCUCUGCAAAAUCUGAACCAUACAAGUCCCGUUUUAUUUUAUUAUAUAAAAAUUGCGUCUUUUGUUUCAGGUGCUUAAUGAAGUUUUCACAGGGUUUCAUGGUGAAUGUGUGAUAAUAAAUUAAUAAAUUUAUCCAUAGAAAAUUAUUGUAAAAUCUGUGAAUUUGUAAAAAUUACACAUUAUAUUCGACAAGCAGUGUAGCGUCGGUGUGACCACGCCAGCCCGGUAGAUUUACACAUUGAGCAAGAGUCGGUGUUUUCACACUAGCGCGGUGAAUGUACAUAUAUAAUGUUCGAAGUAGUUCGAUCCUUUAAAUAUGACAAAUAUGUUCCGCAUUUUCGUCAUAUUGUUAAAACGAUGCAGACAUACUGCACGCAUUUUUAGUAAGCAACACAAUACAAAAUUUUGGCUUAGACUCA